AUGUCCCUUGUAAGGCUCACUUGGAUCUCUAGACCAGUCAAACCUGACAUACUAGAGUCUGUAGAUCAAUUUAGUGUAGUACAAGUCCUACUGCAUAAAUCAUCGAAGUCCUUUUCUCAUCAUGACAUUAAGUUGUUCCUAUACUAUGCUUUUCCUUUGGUAACCACGUCAUUCACAAUCAUCUCUUUUCGGAGACGCUUGUUGUUCGAUUCUAAAAAAGAAUUCUGUGUGGGUCCCAGUGACAACUAUCACCCACCUCUUUGUCUUGUCAAUGUUUUAUGGUUGGCUGACGCGGAUAAACAAGGCACAUACAAGGAACAAGUAAAAUUGAAUUGCCACAAGCAAAGAAUGCAAGAACUAUUUCUCGAUGGUUUAAUAGAUAUUUGA